GGCUUUCUCAUUGCAACACAGCGUUUCCCGUAGCUGCACUGUGCAGCGUGCGCAGCCCGCACGACGCCCAGUCCUGGUGGCCCCGCGCCAUCGGCCGUGCAAGCCAUGUCGCGCUAUCGAGAUCGACUUUAGCGAUCCUGACACCCAGAUUAGUCUUGCUGGCAUGGUGCUUGGUCUAGUAGCUGGUAUAGGAACGCCGCUCUGGUACAUUAACCGCGCGGAGAAGGAUGAGGAGCGACUAGAGGAGCUACGAGCGCUGAACCGCGCUACCUACGCAGAGACUGGAGAGUACAUGAGCGAGGAGGAGAUUUCAAAGAUUCGGAAACCCAAGUGGACCGACCGCCGUGAGUGGGUGGACGACGAUUGAAGCAGCAGCAGCAGCAGCAGCUUGGGAGAGCAGCAACUGCAACCACAGGCGUGCUGUAGCUCCCCAUCGUUUAUUGCAUGGACACGAACGGAAUGCAUAUGCGGACGCGGCCUUGGCGGCAUGAACCCCAGUAUUAUGCCUGGGAACAGUUUUGAUGGAGAGGAUGGCAUCAGAGGUUGCUUGUCCUUGUGAGCAACAAGCCUUACUAUGGGUAUUUUACAGCAAGCAGCGUGUGGAGUGAGCAAGGCGUGUCACGAUAGGCUUCUACCGGGGCCACGGCACACGUUUGCGUAGUACGGCACUUAGAUAGUACGGCACGUACGGCUAGAGCAGUUGGUUCACCGUGGAACGAGAGCGCUUCCCUGUGUGGUGCUGUGAAGCGUCACAAGACAAGCCGCCAAGGCGCGGGGGGUGUACAGUACGACAAGAGUGGUACCAUACGCGGAGUGGUGGUUUUGUACGGACUUGCUAUGAGACGACGAGGCCAGCCAGGCCCAACGUGCUUAGAUGCUGGAGCAUAAUGUGCCCUUGCAUGGGUAGUCUGCACGUGUAAAAGUAGUU